ACAGCAAAUAGUGGCACAGCCUAUUAAAGUGAGAUAGAAAAAAACAAAGGAGAAAAUAAGCUUAUGGAGAACUUUCCAGUUGUUGACAUGGCAAAGCUUAACACUGAAGAGAAAGCAGGAACCAUGGAGAAAAUAAAAGAUGCAUGUGAGAACUGGGGUUUCUUUGAGUUGGUGAACCAUGGGAUAUCCCAUGAGUUAAUGGACACUGUGGAGAAGCUGACAAAAGAGCACUACAAAACAUGUAUGGAGCAAAGGUUCAAAGAAAUGGUAGCAAGCAAAGGUCUUGAGUCUGCUCAGUCUGAAAUCAAUGACUUGGACUGGGAAAGCACCUUCUUUUUGCGCCAUCUUCCUGUCUCUAACAUUUCAGAGAUCCCUGAUCUUGAUCAAGAUUACAGGAAGGCAAUGAAGGAAUUUGCACUGGAACUGGAGAAACUGGCCGAGCUACUUCUUGACUUGCUGUGUGAGAAUCUUGGGCUAGAGAAAGGGUACCUGAAGAAGGUCUUUUAUGGGUCCAAGGGCCCAAAUUUUGGCACCAAAGUUAGCAACUACCCUCCUUGUCCCAAUCCAGAGCUCAUCAAGGGCCUCAGAGCCCACACAGAUGCUGGUGGCAUCAUUCUACUUUUCCAAGAUGACAAGGUCAGUGGACUGCAGCUUCUAAAGGAUGACCAGUGGAUUGAUGUCCCACCAAUGCGCCAUUCCAUUGUCAUCAACCUUGGGGACCAACUUGAGGUAAUUACUAAUGGCAAAUACAAGAGUGUCAUGCACCGUGUAAUGACUCAAACAGAUGGUAACAGGAUGUCCAUAGCCUCGUUCUACAACCCUGGCAAUGAUGCCGUGAUCUCUCCAGCACCAGCCUUGGUUAAGGAAGAUGAGACGAGUCAAGUUUAUCCUAAAUUUGUUUUUGAUGAUUACAUGAAGCUCUAUGCUGGCCUCAAAUUCCAGGCCAAAGAACCGAGAUUUGAAGCUAUGAAGGCCAUGGAGUCACCCAGCAUCAAUUUAGGGCCCAUAGCAACUGUCUAAGCCUGAGAUUGAAGGAUUAUAUUAGUCAUAUGUGUUUUACUGAGAUUACUGAUUACCCCUUGGUAUCUUUGUUUGGUAUGGAUGCUGGAUGCGCCGUUAAGCAUGUGUAGCAUAAAUAUAAUAUAUAGUUUAAAAAUAAAAUAUUAGCUUGAUCUGAUUGAUUCUGUGUGAUAUAUGUCUGUGAUGGUUAAGUUGGUGUCAUGUGUUGAUGCACUAGUUUUAUUAGAAAGUAACCCGAUCUUAGCCAUU